AUGGGCCGAAAGAGGUCGUCGUCCGGGGACUAUCCCAGCCCUAAGCGACUGCACAGACAAACGGCUAUUGAUGAGUCGGACCCAAUCUAUGAGGAAGCGCAUUCUGAUGUAGAUUACUCCUCGCAUGAUGACGCUGCUAGCAUCUCUAGCGACAGUCUCCAUGAGACACCAGCCACGCCCUUCUCGACAGCUUCAACCUCGGUGAGAUACCCAUCGGAGCUGAAAACGCACCGCUGCCCGUUCGAAGGUUGCACCAAGGCUUUCAAUCGGCCGGCCCGGCUGCAGGAACAUUUGCGCUCGCACAACAAUGAGAGAUUAUUCAGUUGCACCUAUGACGGCUGCGACAAGACCUUCCUACGAGUUUCGCAUUUGAACCACCACGUUAAAAGCGCUCAUACCGGAGUUCGAGAUUAUGUUUGUGAUCGCCCCGGGUGUGGUAAGAGUUUCGUGACUGGUUCUCGGCUUCGACGACAUAUAGCUGCUCAUGACGGUCGAGACAAGUACCGUUGCACCGAGUAUCCACCCUGCGAUGAGACCUUUCGCAAGCACUCGACGCUCCAGAAACAUGUCCUGUCCGUACAUUUGAAACAGAAGCCAUUCCAAUGCUCGCAUAGCGACCCACAAACAGGAGAGAAAUGCUCGAUGGCGUUCGAAUCGGCAGGCCAUCUCCGUGCACAUGAAAGCAGAGUCCACACAGAGAAGCGAUUCAGUUGCGCAGAGUGUUCUCAGCGCGCAAACGAGGAAGGAGAUCAGCCAUCCAUGUUUCCUCCUAUAAGUUUUCCCACAUACUCUCUUCUGCAAGCUCAUAUUCGCACCGCACACCCCCCACAAUGUCCCAACUGCUCGGUGACCUGCUCCACGGCACGAGAACUUCGACGUCAUCUCGAAGUGGCCCACGGCAACGUCAGCCUCGAAGACCGCCGAAUAUUUGCCUGCACGGUCCCGGGUUGUGACCGCAAUUUCACGAAAAAGGGGAACCUAACCGUGCACGUCCGCACCGUGCACGAAGGCGAGAAGCGGUUUGUCUGCGGCGAAACAGAUCUCUCCACAUCUAAGCGCGUCACCGGAUGGUCCCCUAGCGAUGGCUGCGGAAAGCGCUACGGCAGCAAACUAGCCCUAGAAGAACACAUCCGCACCGCCCAUCUAGGCUUUCAGAACUCCAAAGCCGAGCGGCGUCAGAAACUCGGCCUCACGAAAAAACCACACGAUCCCCCAACCGCCACCAUCGACAACUCCUCUACACUAGCUACCCUCACUGGUGAGGGCUACGCCGACGAAACAGGUCGCCAGAUUGCUUGCUUCGUCGACACGUGCGCACAUCGCUUCCGCCGCAAUUACGAUUUAUGGGUUCACAUGGGCAGUAAGCACAACUACACGGAAGACGACAUUCGAGAUCUAUUCCUUCAACGGGCCUUACUCGGAGAUGACUCCGAACCUGUUCCGGGCGAUGUCUUUGGGAUCUACGGCCUGGAGUUUGACAAUGAUGAUCCAUCGUGUGACCCGUAUAAUUUCGCGCCUGCGGAGCCUGCCGCCGUCCACGACCAGCUGCCUGAUCUCAAUACAGAACCGUUUGCUCUGGAUGGUGGCUCGGAGUUGACGGCGUUUCCUCCUGAAUCGGGGUACUUUGAUUCCGAUAUUAUGAUGCAUGAUUCUGCGACUGCGUCUAUAUCUGAGUCUGAUUCCAAGAUACCCAAUAAUAUUAAUCCUGAUGACAUGACGAUGAUUGAUCCGUUUCUGGAUUUUGGUAUGGUUAAUUCAUAG